GUUGUUGACGGCUGUGGGGAAAGCUGAGCUUAUUUUUUUUCAUCCUUUGAAAACCCUUCAGGUCCGCGACAUUCAGCAUCAGCAUCAGCAUUCAGCUUCUUUUUUGUUCAUUAUCAAAGACCACAACCUCAGACGGUAGUCCGUCAUGGCUCCCACCACCACUGAAAUCUCUGCAGACGAGGUCAACAGCUAUGAUUUCGUCAUUGUUGGCGGCGGCACCGCAGGGUGUGUCAUUGCCAGCCGUCUCUCAGAGUAUCUCCCCAACAAGAAGGUCCUUUUGGUUGAGGCUGGCCCUUCAGACUUCAUGGAUGACCGAGUCCUGCUCCUGAAAGACUGGUUGAGUCUUCUCGGAGGCGAGCUGGACUACGACUACGGGACCACCGAGCAGCCCAUGGGCAACUCUCACAUUCGACAUUCCCGCGCCAAGGUGCUGGGCGGAUGCUCUUCUCACAAUACUUUGAUUUCUUUCCGGCCGUUUGAGUACGACUGCCAGCGAUGGGAGGCCCAAGGGUGCACCGGCUGGAGCUUCAAGACUUUUACGCGUGUUCUGGACAACCUUAGGAACACCAUCCAACCAGUCCACGAGCGACACCGAAACCAAUUGUGCCUGGAUUGGGUUGAAUCUUGCUCAACGUCAUUGAACAUCCCGGUGGUGCACGACUUCAACAAGGAAAUCAAGACCACGGGCUCCCUGAAGCAAUGUGUUGGGUUUUUCUCUGUGUCUUACAACCCAGACGACGGACGUCGGAGCAGCGCCAGUGUUGCGUACAUCCAUCCCAUUCUACGCGGUGACGAAAAGCGCCCAAAUUUGACAGUCCUGACGAAUGCCUGGGUAAACCGGGUCAACGUGGACGGAAACAAGGUCACCGGCGUCACACUCACUCUCCAAAGCGGCGAGCAGCGCAUUAUCCGUCACAAGGCCGAGACCAUCAUCUGCGCCGGAGCAGUGGACACGCCUCGUCUGCUUCUCCUCUCUGGCAUCGGCCCCCGAAAGCAACUCUCGGACCUAGGCAUCCCCGUCGUCAAAGACAUCCCCGGCGUAGGCGAGAACCUCCUCGACCAUCCCGAGUCCAUCAUCAUCUGGGAGCUCAACAAGCCUGUCCCCAUCAACCAAACAACCAUGGACUCGGACGCCGGCAUCUUCCUGCGCCGCGAGCUCCCCAACGCUGCUGGCAGCGAUGGCGACAUCGCAGACAUCAUGAUGCACUGCUACCAGAUCCCCUUUUGCUUCAACACCUCCCGCCUAGGCUACGACACCCCCAUCGACGCCUUCUGCAUGACGCCGAACAUCCCCCGUGCCCGUUCCCGCGGCCGCAUCUACUUGACCUCCGCCAACCCGGCCGACAAGCCCGCGUUGGACUUCCGCUACUUCACGGAUCCCGAGGGCUACGACGCCGCGACGAUUGUUGCGGGUCUGCGCGCUGCGCGAGAGGUCGCGAAGCAGGAGCCCUUCAAGCAUUGGCUGAAGCGCGAGGUUGCACCCGGCCCGAAGCUGCAGACGGAUGAGGAGCUGAGCGAAUACGGUCGUCGUGUGGCGCACACGGUAUACCAUCCCGCUGGAACGACGAAGAUGGGAGAUUUGCAGAAGGAUCCGCUAGCGGUGGUGGAUGCGCAGUUGAAGGUCAAGGGGCUGGAGGGGGUCAGAAUUGCGGAUGCGGGCGUGUUCCCGGAGAUGCCGACGAUCAACCCUAUGCUCACGGUUUUGGGAGUUGGCGAGCGCGCGGCUGAGUUGAUUGCUGAGGCGUGGGGCUGGAAGGGGCUGCAGAAAGAGAAGUUGUAAAAAGAGGUGGUGCUGUUCGUGGUAUUUAGGGAACAUCAAGGGGCAACGUUCAUGUCAGAUUAGGGAGAUGAGUGGAAUUGUAGGGUGACUAGCUAACAGCGCUGGUAUUCCUAGGAGUUUGGCGACGGUCCAUCUUUAGCAAGAGGAGAUCCAAGUGUCCCUCGUAGGUCUUUAACAGACUCAGAGAGAAAAAUUCAUCGGAUCUACUCUCAAUUGUCAGCG